AUGAAUAACAGUGAUGGUGCACGGCCUGGAUUUGGAGUGACUCAAGGCAUGUACUCUGUAGCCACGCCAUUUCAUCCGUUUGGUGACAUAAUUGUGGUUAAGCAACAAGAUGGGACGUUUAGGAGUACGCCUUGGUACGUACGAUUUGGGAAAUUUUCAGGGGGCCCGGAGAAGAUAGUACAAGUUGAGGUUAAUGGUGUUGAAGCUGAUUUUCAUAUGAAUCUUGAUAACUCGGGCGAAGCAUACUUUGUUAGGGAAGUUGAUGAUGGUUCGAAGGACUUGGACAAUCUGGAAGGUGGUGGUGUAUGCAGUAACCAUUACAGUAGUUUUAAUGAUGGUGUUGGUGAAUUUAGUGGCCAAGAUAAUGACAUGGAAGACGCACACCUAAAUAUUCGAGCAGAAAAGCUAAGGAGAGUUGAGUCUGAUGCUGCUGCAUACGUGUUCUACGAGUUUUCAGAUGAACACUCAUCUGUGGAGGGUUCACCUAAAAUAUCUGAAUAUAGUCCAAAUAGAUAUGACACUUUAGAUAGUGUGGAGCAUGCACUAGAAUCACAAGAGUCAAAUUCCGAGGUAGUUUUGGUGAGCGUGGAUGGCCAAUCAUCAUCCGAGAAGACGGGUGAAAAUGUGCAACUAAGCACACCCCAAUUCCACCUUGGUCCUGGUGGGGGGACUGAAGAGUAUAAUUCAGGUGAAGGUAAUUGGGCUUCUGAUAGCUUGUCUGAUAUCCAUAGAGUUGGAGACACAUGUGAGACAAACAGUUUGUCUUUCAAACACCAUCAAGCACCCUACGAAGGAGAUGCAGAGCAUAUACAAAGUAGUCCUGAUAACAACUCAAUUGCGUUGGAGAUAUCUCUAUGUGGAAACUUGCUUCAUGCUGGAAUGGGAUCGCCUGCAGCAGACAACGUCUUUGAGCAAGCUUCUGGAGAAUUUAUCAUAAAGAAUCAAAACUUAAUUUUUAGAAUACAAGGGAAGUACUUGCCCUGGCGCAAAGCUGCACAUGUUGUUCUUGGUAUAGCAGCUUUUGAUUUGGAGUUACCGGUCAACUCGAAUGAUGUAAUACCUGUGGACAUAGGGAUGACAGAUGUAGAAGACGAUGAAAACGGAAUGCCUUUGACUCCAUCGUGCAGAUGGAGGCUUUGGCCAAUCCCAUUUAGGAAGGUUAAGACACUUGAGCAUACUAGUAGUAUGUCAUCUGAUGAAGCUUAUCUGGAUUCCGAGGCUGUCUCACCCAGCCAUUCUACAUCAACAUCAUCCGGAUAUCCAGGAACCGAGUCUCCUCGCAAGCAAAUUAUAAGAACCAAUGUCCCUAACACUGAUCAAAUCGAAUCUUUAAAUCUUAAAGAGGGACAAAAUAUGGUGAAUUUUGUUUUCUCGACUAGAGUCCUCGGACCCCAAAAGGUUGAAGCUCAUAUAUACUUAUGGAAGUGGAAUACACGCAUUAUAAUUUCAGAUGUUGAUGGGACAAUUACCAAGUCUGAUGUUCUUGGUCAAUUUAUGCCUUUAGUGGGAAAAGACUGGACACAUUCAGGGAUAGCUCAUCUUUUUUCUGCAAUAAAUGAGAAUGGAUACCAACUCCUAUUUCUAAGCACACGGGCAAUUGUUCAAUCGUACUUGACAAAAAGUUUUCUAUUCAAUCUCAAACAGGAUGGCAAGAGCUUACCAACCGGGCCUGUUGUUAUUUCCCCUGAUGGUUUAUUUCCUUCAUUAUACCGGGAGGUGAUAAGAAGAGCUCCCCAUGAAUUCAAAAUCGCAUGUUUAGAGGAUAUAAAGGCACUGUUUCCACCAGAUUACAAUCCAUUUUAUGCUGGAUUUGGAAACCGAGACACAGAUGAACUCAGUUACCGCAAGAUUGGGAUUCCAAAGGGAAAGAUCUUUAUCAUCAAUCCUAAGGGGGAGGUAGCCAUCAAUCAUUGCAUCGAUCUAAAAUCAUACACUUCAUUGAAUACACUCGUGAAAGAUAUGUUUCCCCCGGCCUCCAUGGUUGAGCAGGAAGACUAUAACUCGUGGAAUUACUGGAAGAUGUCAUUGUUCGACCUUGACAAUAUGUAG